AUGGGGUUCCACGGGUCGAUGGGUGCAGAGUACAUGCAGUACAUUGUCGCCGACAAGAUCGUCUUGCCAGUGGACGUGGCGGCUGUGGGGUACACGGAGAAAGUGCUGUACAUGCCGCAGUCGUUCUUUGUGAACGAUCACAAGCAGAGCGCUCUGUCAGUGCUAGACGUGGACAGCAUCAGCCCCAGUCGAAGCACCUAUGGGCUGCCUGAAGAUCAGUUUGUGUUUUGCAACUUUAGCCAACUGUACAAGCUGGACCCUGCGAUGUUUGGCACGUGGAUGCACAUAUUAAAACGGGUGCCCAACUCGGUCUUGUGGCUGCUGAGGUACCACCACAAUGAACUGGUGGAGACCAACCUCAAGGCGGAAGCAAAGGCGCAUGGAAUCCGAGAGACGCGGCUGCAUUUUACCGCUGUCGCCCCAAAGGAAGAGCAUUUAAAACGAGGUUAUUUGGCGGAUCUCUUUCUCGACACUGCGACGAGCAACGGCCACACAAUUGGGUGUGAUAUCUUGUGGAGUGGCACGCCAAUGAUAACUCAAACGGGCCACCACAUGGCGUCAAGAGUGGCGUCGAGCUUGCUCUUGGCAGUGGACUUGCCUGAACUUAUCGCAGACACACUGGAAGAGUACGAAGAGUUAGCGGUGGCGCUGGCCCUGGACAUGGACAAAUUGUGGGAAUUGCGCAAAAAAUUGGAAGCUUCGCGCACGACGUGCCCGCUGUUUGACACUACGCGAUGGGUGCGCAAUUGGGAAACGGCAAUGUUGUUGGCGUGGAGCGGCCACGACGGUGGCAUGCCAUUGGACCACAUCGACGUGCCAGACAUCGAAGACCUCGUCGCGUGUUGAAUACACGUAGAACCUAGA